AUAUGCUGUAAGCUGCAGAUAUCCUAAAAUCUUUAAAUUUAGGAUACUCGAGGUUUAGAUGAGACUUAAUAGCGUGGCUUUACACUGAAUUCAUUGUUUUUGAGAAUGAAUGUUGUAAUUUGUAUUUUCAACUCAAAGGGUCGCUGUUGGCAAGGGUGUUGCGAUUUGGCUGGAUGUUUUUUAUUCCUCUGUGUCUUCCCUUUUGCGUGGAAAUAUUCGACGUACAGACAGAAAGACUGUUCGGGUUUAUAAGAAGCACUGCAAGGAAUUCUAUACCUGCUUACACCGUUUGAUUCUUAUAAUUGGAAUGCGAACGAUUUUUUUUCUGUCUUCAUAUUCUCUCCAUGACAAAUGCUUCUUUUUUUAGUGGAGAAGGAACGGAAAUCGGGUCUUGCAGAACAAUGAGACGGCAAGUACUGUUGUUUCUCUCAGCCCUAUGUCUCAAAUACGUGCUCGGGCAGGUCAGCUACUCCAUUCCCGAAGAAAUGGCCAAAGGCUCUGUAGUUGGAAACAUAGCUCAUGAUUUAGGUUUAGAUCUUAAAAGGUUGAAAUCAGGUAACGCUCGCGUUUACACGGGCGGCGGUGUAGAAUACAUCGGGCUGAAUAAAGAAAGGGGGGUCCUGCUUGUCGAGCAGCGGAUAGACAGAGAGGCUUUAUGCGGAGAGACGACGCCUUGUGCCUUACAUUUCCAGUUAAUUUUGGAAAAUCCAAUGGAACUGUUUCGGGUAACAGUGGAGAUUACGGACAUAAAUGAUAAUACCCCCACGUUUACCAAUUCAGAAAAACGUUUCGAAAUUAGCGAGUCCGCUGUGAUAGGAUCGAAAUUCGUGUUAGAGAAAGCAGUAGAUUCCGACAUAGGCAUGAAUGGUUUACAACAGUACUCACUUGCUCCUAGUGAUCAUUUUGUAUUAAAACUAGAAAGUCAGCCAGACGGAACUAAAAAGGUGGAAAUGGUUCUACAGAAGCCUUUAGACCGAGAAAAGAAGGAUUAUUUGUCCCUGCUGUUAACUGCCAUGGAUGGAGGAGAGCCGCAGAUGUCAGGGACAAUGCAGAUAUUUGUCACUGUAUUAGAUGUGAACGAUAAUGCACCGACAUUUGCCAAACCGUUAUAUAGAGCAAAACUGCAGGAAAAUUCUCCUAAAGGCACCAGUGUUACAACUGUAAGUGCAUCUGAUAAAGACAUCGGUUCAAACGGAGAAUUAUCAUAUCUGAUAUCUACAAGCAAACGUGUUCUAUCUGAACUGUUUAAUAUCAAUCCAAAGACUGGUGAAAUUAUCCUAGUCGGGGAAAUAGAUUAUGAAAAAGCAAACUCUUAUCAAAUUGAUAUUGAAGUUGUAGACAGCGGUGGGCUCUCUGAUUCAGCGAAAGUGAUAGUUGAUCUCAUUGAUGUAAAUGACAAUAGUCCUCAAAUAAACAUGGUUUCUAAAUCAGAGUCCAUAUCAGAGAACUCACCAACAAAUACUGUAAUUGCUAUGUUAAGCAUAAACGAUCCAGAUUCCGAGAAUAACGGGAAUGUUGUGUGUGAUAUAAAUGAUAGCAUUCCCUUCAAAAUACAGACUACUGUAAAUGGGUUUUAUACCCUAGUUAUGGAGGUUGCUUUAGACAGAGAAAUGGCUUCGCAAUAUAAUAUCACUGUGACCUGCUCUGAUGAGGGACUCGGGCAGCCCUCUCGUUCAGCUACAGUCGUUGUUAACGUGGCGGUGGCGGACAGCUUCCCUGAAGUGCUGUCGGAGUUCACUGAGUUGACACACGACAAGGAGUACAAUGACAACCUGACUUUUUACUUAGUCUUGGCUCUGGCUGUAGUUUCCUUCCUCUUCAUCACGUGUUUAGUGGUUAUUAUAUCAGUCAAAAUCUACAGGUGGAGACAGUCUCGCAUCCUGUAUCACUCCAACCUGCCUGUCAUUCCAUAUUAUCCACCACGUUACUCAGACACUUUGGGGACAGGGACUCUGCCACAUGUGUACAAUUACGAGGUGUGCAGGACGACUGACUCCAGAAAGAGUGACUGUAAGUUCGGCAGAGCUGGUAGUCAGAACGUGCUGAUAAUGGACCCCAGUUCUACAGGAACGAUGCAGCGGAUACAGAGUGAAAAGAGCAUCCUGGAUGAACCAGACUCUCCUCUAGAGGUUAGUUAUAUAAUGAUCUUGCCAAUUUUGAAGCGUAAACUUUUUUUUCUGUUCAUAGUUUUUACUAAGAACCAACUAGCGCUAGUCAAGAAUCAGCACCAUGGACAGAGGCACGUUACUUGUUCCAUCGCUUUUGACAAUGGGUGUCUAUCUUAACGUAUUGAUGUUUUGUCAACAUGUGAAGGUAUGUUAGUAUUUGACGUUUAGUUAUUGGUGAUGGUGUAAAAUUUGAACAUAAAUCGUGUCGUCUCUUUUUGCCAAGACUCGUCGAAAGACUGUAACUCAAUAUAAACUUGGCGGGGGUGGGGGGGCUAUCUAUGUCAUGUAUUUCGCUUUGUUGAAUUUGUGACAGUAUUUUUAAGUAACUCGUCAGAUAUCAUCAUGACUUAAUCGUUCAGUUCAGUGGUAUGCGUAAAGAAUAUAGACUCUGUGAUCUGUUCAACUAAAAUAAGGGAACUAGUAUUCUCUAGUGUUGCAGACGUUAACUCUUUUAUGGGCUGUGUUAUCCUGGUAUUUGUAAAAACAAUAAGCCUUCGUGCACAACAGGGUUUUCCUUUAGUUUUCCAGGCGUUUUCUGUAGUUCCUAAUUAUGUACUCGUAGGGCCGCUGUUGGCCAGUGUGUUGAUAUUUCAGGGCACAUUUAAAGAGAAACCUCGCUCGCCAUGAUGAUAUCACAGAGAGAAAGACGUCGUGUUCAAACGUCGGAGAUCAUUUUAACUAGAGCCGUUUUCAACCUUUCUUUAACCGAUUCAAAUGGUUUCGGAGUGAUGUCUGUGUUUUAUCACCUGUAAGGGACAUUCGGUAAUUGUGGAUAAUAGUUUUUUCCUGCUAAUUUUCCAGGGGAGCAGUUCG